GGGGCGCGGCGGAGCGGCGAUGCGCCUGACGCAGAGCAUGUGCACCAUCGCCGAGGGCGCGCCCGGCGGGGACGGCUGCCCCGCGCCCGCCCGGCCCCGCCUCGUCAAGAUCGCGGUGGUGGGGGGCAGCGGCGUGGGCAAGACAGCGCUGGUGGUGCGGUUCCUCACCCGGCGGUUCAUCGGCGACUACGAGAGGAACGCAGGGAACCUCUACAGCAGACACAUCCAGAUAGAUGGAGAGAUGUUGGCCAUUCAAGUGCAAGACACCCCAGGAGUUCAGAUCCACGAGCACAGCCUGCAUUGCAACGAGCAGCUGAACAGAUGCAUUCGCUGGGCGGACGCCCUGGUGAUCGUCUUCUCCAUCACAGACUAUCAGAGCUACGAACUGCUCAGUCACCUCUAUCACCACAUUCGACAGCUGCACCCAGGAAGCGCCGUCCCCAUUGUCAUCGUGGCGAACAAAGCUGACCUCCUGCACAUCAAAGAGGUGGAGCCCCAGCACGGACUGCAGCUGGCCAACAUGCUGGGCUGUACUUUCUACGAAGUAUCCGUCAGUGAGAACUACCACGACAUCUUCAACGCCUUCCACCUCCUCUGCAGAGAGGUCAGCAAGCAGCAGGCAGCCAGCACCCCGGAGAGAAGGAGAACCUCUCUGAUCCCACGGCCAAAAUCGCCCAACAUGCAGGAUCUGAAGAGGAGGUUUAAGCAAGCUUUGUCUGCCAAAGUCAGGACUGUCACGUCUGUCUGAGAGCAUUCCCAGGGCUUAGCCCCAGACUGGAGAGCUGGGCUGUUUGGCACGUCUAGAGUCCAAGGCAUUGGCUUGGGAAGUCUUUUGCAUGGCUCUACAAGCUCUUAAGCAGCUGCUUUUAAAAAGGAACAGUGGCAGAUUGGGAAAGGCAAAACCAAUCCACACACUCCCCCCUCCCCUAAACCUCCUGAAAUAGUUCUAGGCUAUGACUUGCAGAACAAGUAUUUUCCUUUUGGAAAAGGACCUUUUCAGUAAAGGAACCAAGAUUUCAGUUUGCCUUUCCUCCAGUCAGCACAGAUUUGCCUUUGAUUUGGGCAGCAACAGAUUUGCCUUUGAUUUGGGCAGCAACAGAUUUGCCUUUGAUUUGGGCAGCAACAAUCUUCUGUGCUGGAUGAGGGGAAACAUCCUGGGCUGCACUUCACCCUUUAAAAGCAACCACUCCAAAGGGUUGUUUUCAGGUGGUUGAAGUGCAACAGGAUGCAUGUGCAGCACUCCUUACUUCCCAUGAGUUUGGCUUUGAUUUGGGCAGCAACAAUCUUCUGUGCUGGAUGAGGGGAAACAUCCUGGGCUGCACUUCACCCUUUAAAAGCAACCACUCCAAAGGGUUGUUUGCAGGUGGCUGAAGAGCAGCAGGAUGCAUGUGCAACACUCCUUACUUCCCAUGAGUUUGGCUUUGAUUUGGGCAGCAACAAUCUUCUGUGCUGGAUGAGGGGAAACAUCCUGGGCUGCACUUCACCCUUUAAAAGCAACCACUCCAAAGGGUUGUUUGCAGGUGGUUGAAGUGCAACAGGAUGGAUCUGCAGCACUCCUUACUUCCCAUGUGUUUGGGUUUGAUUUGGGCAGCAACAAUCUUCUUCUGUGCUAUAAUUCAGCUUGUGCUGGAUGAGGAGAAACAUCCUGGGCUGCACUUCACCCUUGAAAAGCAACCACUCCAAAGGGUUGUUUGCAGGUGGCUGAAGGGCAGCAGGAUGGAUCUGCAAUGCUCCUUCCUUCCCAUGUGUUUCAGAGCACCAUGAAAUGGGUCUGUAAAACAAGUGGAUGUGACUGGAGCUCAACCAAUGAUCCUUCAAGGUUUUGGGGGCUUUGUCUGUCGUUAUUGCUGACAACUUGCCUGGACUCUGUAACACAAAACUGUUGUCUGCAGGGUGUAAUUAGCUGAUUGUAAAUAACUUGUUAGGCUUUUCCCUGUCUCCAAACUGUCCAGACUAAAUGAUCCAACGUGGAGCUCUCUGAGCUGAUGAGUGUGGAGUUGGAGUGAUGGUCCAUAGCAGCUGCCAGUGUUCUUGUGGCUGGCUCCAGGCGAUGAAGCUGGGGGCUUGUUCUGAGCUGAGCCAGUCACUUUUCACCCCUAAAUGCAUGUGGGCAGAGUUCUUCUUCUUCCUUUUUUGGUCUUCUCUUUUCCUUGCCUUUUUUUUUUUGGGGUCUUCUCUUUUCCUUGCCCUUUUUUUUUGGGUCUUCUCUUUUCCUUUCCCCUUUUUUUUGGGUCUUCUCUUUUCCUUGCCCUUUUUUUUGGGUCUUCUCUUUUCCUUUCCCCUUUUUUUUGGGUCUUCUCUUUUCCUUGCCCUUUUUUUUGGGUCUUCUCUUUUCCUUGCCCUUUUUUUUGGGUCUUCUCUUUUCCUUUCCCUUUUUUUUGGUCUUCUCUCUUUUCCUUUCCCUUUUUUUUUGGUCUUCUCUUUUCCUUUCCUUUUUUUUUUUGGUCUUCUCUUUUCCUUUCCUUUUUUUUUGGUCUUCUCUUUUCCUUUCCUUUUUUUUUGGUCUUCUCUCUUUUCCUUUCCCUUUUUUUUGGUCUUCUCUCUUUUCCUUUCCUUUUUUUUGGUCUUCUCUCUUUUCCUUUCCUUUUUUUUGGGUCUUCUCUUUUCCUUUCCUUUUUUUUUUUGGUCUUCUCUUUUCCUUUCCUUUUUUUUUUGGUCUUCUCUUUUCCUUUCCUUUUUUUUUUGGUCUUCUCUUUUCCUUUCCUUUUUUUUGGGUCUUCUCUUUUCCUUUCCUUUUUUUUGGGUCUUCUCUUUUCCUUGCCCUUUUUUUUUUGGGUCUUCUCUUUUCCUUUCCUUUUUUUUUUGGGUCUUCUCUUUUCCUUUCCUUUUUUUUUUGGGUCUUCUCUUUUCCUUUCCUUUUUUUUUUGGGUCUUCUCUUUUCCUUUCCUUUUUUUUUUGGGUCUUCUCUUUUCCUUGCCCUUUUUUUUGGGUCUUCUCUUUUCCUUGCCCUUUAUUUGGUCUUCUCUUUUCCUUGCCCUUUUUUUUGGUCUUCUCUUUUCCUUUCCCUUUUUUUUGGUCUUCUCUUUUCCUUUCCUUUUUUUUGGUCUUCUCUUUUCCUUUCCUUUUUUUUGGGUCUUCUCUCUUUUCCUUGCCCUUUUUUUUUGGGUCUUCUCUCUUUUCCUUUCCUUUUUUUUUGGGUCUUCUCUCUUUUCCUUUCCUUUUUUUUGGUCUUCUCUCUUUUCCUUUGCCCUUUAUUUCUUAAUCUUGAGCCAACAGAGCUGACAGGCUUGAAGGGCCUUACACACAAGCACUUUAAAAAGCCACUCGUGCUUUUGGUUUGAACUGUUAACUUAUUUAUUUCUGGUGUACAGCUGCUCCUCCCUAAGGAGUGGACUUUUCUGCCUGCCUGCCUGGUUCAACAUUAAAAUUUUGGCCUUGCA